AUGGACACCCGUCGUCGCACCCUCGCCACAUCAGGCGCCAACCCCACCUAUCCAGGCCAACCACCACAACAGCAAGGUCAAUCGAUGAUCCCGACUUCGACGCGUAAACCGACGCACGCCAGUCUGCGUCAGUCGAUGCUGCCCAGCGCGACAACAUCCACCGCCGCAGGAACGACGACGACGACGGUUGGAGGACCACGAGCGUCUAUUGCGCCUUCCCGAUCCAAUUCGAACCUCUCCAUGACAGCGCGUCAAUCGAUGCUCCCUGGUAGUAGUGCGAACGUGAACAACAACAACAACAACAACAACAACAACGACGUCGGCGCCGCUUCGAGCCAAACUUCGUCCUGGGGUGGAGCAAGUCAGGUCUUCUCCCAAGGACACGGUGGUCCACCCGCACCUACGGCACCCAUGACCGCGACCAGACCGGGGGCGUACCAUGUGAACCCUUCGUUGGGGUCGAUGAGCGUCGGUCGACCCACCGGGGGUAUGAGGGGCAGCUCCAUCUUGGCGAAUCAACAUCCCGCACUGAUGGCACCCAACAGGUAUGUCAACUCGCGCCUGCGUCCCUUCCUUCUAAACGCAACUCUAAUGACAUUUCCAACCGCGUCGUCCCGAUCACAGUGCGCGUCGUUCGUCCUCGUUCCGUCGAUCGACCAUCGGCAACAACCCCGGCGGGAACCCGAGCUCACUCUCGACUCCGGGAGGUCUCAAAUCGGCGAUGACGACGAUGAAGCCCAAAAUCGACCCACGCGAAGCGAAGAAGAAAUCUUCGGAAACGCGCAAACAAUGGGCGCUCGAGAUCGUCGAUUUCCUGCUCGAGUGUCAGUUCGCCGCGGAUGAGAAGAUGUUGCUCGCCCCGACGGGGGCGCAAUGGCAAGCCAUUUUCAAGACCUUGGUCUUUGAAUUCGAUCCCACCAUCACCUGGGAGGGGAAAUCGUUCAAUGACCAAGUUCCGAUCGUAUUGAAUGAGAUCGGGUACCCUUUCCCGGCUAGCAUCACCAAGAGUCAUUUGCAAAGCGCGGGUAGUUCUCAGAGUUGGCCUGGUAUGUUGGCGAUGAUGCAUUGGAUCGUUACGACGAUCAAGGAAUCCGAAGCGGCCUUCAACGAAUCGACCGAGAUCAAGAUGCCCGAUUUCGAUGCCGUGUUGGCGGGAGGAACGACCGAUGAGGAUCAUUUGGUCCAACAUGCUUGGUUCGAUUACGUCGCUUCGGCUUAUCCCAAAUUUUUGGUCUCGGACGAGUUCGAGGCCGAUGAGGAGAAGGAUUUAUUUUGGAAGCGGAUGGAUCCUGUACGAAGGGUGCAGCGCGAUCGAUUGGACGAGUUGACGAUCGAGUAUGAAAAGUUGGAGAGGGAGUGGAAGGAAUUGCAGGCCCAUCCUGUGAGUACUGCCAUUUUCACAAUCGUCUUUUGACGGCUUCAUCUGGGCUAUUCUGAUCCCCAUUGGCUUUAUAGGACCCCUUGAUUGAACUCUCGGCCCAAGUCGAAGGUUUCAAGCGCGACGAAUUGACGUGCCGCAAAUGGACCGACGAAUUGACCGAAAAGUUGACGCGUUACACCUCCGAACACGAGCGCGUGAGCCAAGUGAUUCAACAAACCGUCAGCGCGAACUCGAACUCUUUGAAUGAAAUCGCUUCGUUGGAAGAUCAAGUGAAGAAUCAGGACAUGUCGCAGGCCGAGAUUGCAGAGACGAAUUCGGAGUGUAAGAGGUUGGAUAGUACGACGCGGGAGACGCGCAACAAGAUCGUUACGACGUUGAAGAGGGUCUUGGAGCAAGAGAUCGAGGUCGAGCGUCACUUGGCUUUGGCCAAGAGGUUGGCGGAGGAAUACUCCAAUAUCGUCGGACCGUUGGGGUUGUUGAGGAACGAUUUGACGACCAAUGUCGCCUUGGCGGGCUUGUUGACCGGACACGAGGACGUCGAUUUCAACCAAGAGAUCUCACCUGCUUCCGACAACCCGGCACCGGAUUGCACGACCUACAUCAAGCCGGCCCUGUCGGAGAUGAAGGUCAAGACCAAGGCCGAGUUGAGAAAGUUGCAGGCCGAUGAAGUGACCAAAGAGGCCGAGGUCAAGAUCAAGCAGGUCGAAGAGUCGGAUCAGGAGGAGAUUUCAAAGCAUUUGGUCGAUGAGGAGAAGAGGUUGAUGAGGGAAAUGCAGGCGUUGGAGGAGGUGAGUUUGCAAACAGCGCCGAGAGCUGGCACGACGGAAACUGAUUUUUUCGGUUGACGAUCGCAGUCGGCCGCGAACGAAUUCGGCACGCUCAACGCGUCGAUCGCGGCUCUACAAUCGGCCGUCGACGAGCUCUCCUCGACGAUGGCGCAACCCUUCGCGCAAGCCGAGUACCGUCUCGAACAACGCACGCUCGAGCUCUCCCGUGUGACGAAGGAAGCCUCCUCGCGCUUACAGGAGAACUCGACCAAGUUCGAACAAGCGCUUAGUCGCGCCCUGGGACACAAGGAACACACUGUGGCGUGUAUUUCAAAGGGACUGGAGAUGGUCGAGGAGGCCAAGAGGACGUGGAUCGCACCGCCGGUGAUCAAGUUGGAGAUGCGAGGCGCGAGUGCGUUGGAAGUGUAA